GAGUAAACGACACGGAUUUUCUUUCGGUCAUAGAAAAAAAAGAAGGAAGAAAAUUAAAUUUUUUUAAAAAUAAAUUACAAAGAAAAAAAUUAAACAGAAAACAUGAAUCGGAGACGUACAGCUACAUCUAAUAAAAAUUUUGUAUCCGGUGGUGUUUAUCGAAAAAUUUCAGUAGUAAUAAAUAAACAAAAUAAAAAAUCCAAUUAACCUGAUGUUGUGGCAUAAAAAAAUUAAAUGGUGCGCUCUUCCUUUUGGUUACUGGAUAAUUACUCUACCGCCAUGUUUUUGGGUUAUUGGAUCCAAGUACUCCCACAACUACUCCCAUUAAAAAGCCUAUUCAACAGCAAAAUACACCUCAAAGGCCGCCACAGCAAUUGGAUUCUCCUGAUGUUGCACCGGUACAGCAAAAUCAACAGGCAAAUGUUGUACCACCACUGGAACCACCACCAGAGAAUCCCUUCAGAGAAAGUUCCAUGACUUUGGAUACUUCGGGUAUUUUGGAUGAAAAUGGCAAGGUUAAAUUCAAGAAAAUCUUCAUGACUCGCAAGAAGGCUUCCGUACGCACCAAGGAGAAACGCAUCCGUCAAAAUCGUCGCUUGCGUAAAACUAUUAUUCCCAAAAAUGGUUUAAUGGCUCUCAAUGAAUUGAAGGGUGUUUCGAUCAGUGACUUUACCAUCAAUAAUAAUCCAGGUGGUGGUUUUACCGCUCUCGUUACUGUUAACAACAGUCAGUAUGAGGGUCGUGGCAACUCAAAGGCAGCUGCUAAGAAUAAUGCCUGCGAAAAGGCGUUGCGUGAUUUCAUUAUUGCCAAAUUGCGUGAAAAUCCACGCAAUCAAAAGUAUGCCAACAACAGCAGCAAUAAUUCGGUUUGUAACGAACCCAUGGACACUAGUGAUGACAAUACACCAUCACAGGCUGGUGAAGAUGAUGAAGUGCCCAUGAUUAAUUUGGCUUCGUUUGCUAUUUACAAACUGUUUUCGGAUUGGGAAAGUGAGGGUUAUGUUAUACCCGAAAUGCAUCCAUCCACUGGCGGUAGUACUAGUGACAAUGAAGGUGGCGCUUCCAAGGAACCCAAAAAGGCUCCCAUACGCAAUGAAUUGCCACCUAAUUGGGAGGCUAUGCAUCCUGCUUCCCUAUUAUGUGUUAUGCGUCCUGGUGUUGUCUAUGUUGACAAAGGCACUGUUGGCGAAAAGCCAAAUAUGUUGCAGUCGUUGGGCGUGAACGUUGAUGAUCAGGAAUUUGUGGCUACAGGACGCUCAAAGAAAUUGGCCAGACGCAAUGUGGCCGCUUUGACUUGUAAUACUUUGUUCAAUACCAAUUUUGAGCUGGACAUAAAAGUGGAGAUGAAUUCUACAUCGUCUACGCCAGCACCGGAAGAAAAUUAAGCUGAAGAUCAUUUAACUCCAGCGUAGUGCUUAGUAUUAUACAAACAAAUUUCAUUGUAUGACUUAAAAUUUAAAUGGAAAACCAACCCCCCCCCCCCCAAUUUUUCUCUCUUAGUAUUUAGGAGUAAUUGACAAAACUUGUAAAGGAGUUUUUUUCUUUUUUUUAAACAAGACACAAUUUCAAAAUCCCCUUUAAAAAAAACUCACUUCACUAAAGCAAGUGUAGUUGUAGACUUUACUUUAAAUAAAAAUGAUAAAAUUUAAAAACAA